UUUUCAUAUUUGCAUUUUUGGACCGCCGGCUGCAAUUGUGAAAUAAGUCUUAUUAGCUGACUAGAGUAGUUAAUAAAUACUGCAUAGAAGAGCAAAGCUGAAAAUCAAACCAAUGUCCCAGUUGUGAAAUAAAAAUAAGUAGUAUAAAACACUAAAUCGAAAUGGCCAGCAAAAAGUACAAAGACGUGAAUCUAUACGAUCUGCUGGGCAUUUCCCUCGAGGCCGAUCAAAAUGAGAUACGUAAGGCGUACCGUAAGAAGGCUCUCGAGUGCCAUCCCGACAAGAAUCCGGACAAUCCGGCGGCAGUCGAGCGCUUCCAUGAGCUCUCCAAGGCCCUGGAGAUUCUCACGGAUGAGUCCGCACGCGCAGCAUACGACAAGGUGCUGAAGGCGAAGAAGGCGGCGGAGCUAAGGAGUCGCCAGCUGGACGGGAAGCGGCAGAAGCUGAAGCAGGAGCUGGAGGAACGCGAACGGGCGGCACUGCACAAGCUGGCGAAGAGCCAGCCCUACAGCACGGUAGCAAAGAGCGACGAGGAGGUGCUGCAGGAGCAGAUCGAGCGGCUGCGACGCGAGGGUUCCCGCCUUCUGGAGGAGGAGCAGCGCGCCAUGCAGGAGCAGUUUCGGCGCAAUCAUGCCGAGAAACAGAAACUCCAGCAACAGCCGGCGCAGUUCGAUUCCGCCCAGCAUCGCAUCAAGAUGAAGUGGAAAGCCGAACCCGGCCAGGAUUACACGCAGGAGGAGCUGCUCAAGUACCUUAAGAAGUACGGCGACGUGGUGGCCCUGGUGGUGAACAGCAAGCGACGCGGACGCGCCAUGGUGGAGCUGGCAACGCGCGAAGCCUGUGACAUGGUGUUGGCCUACGAGAAGGGCGAUCCCGCCAAGCCACUGCACUUUGAGUGGGUAACGCCGCCGACGGCGGACAAGCAGGCAUCCAAAUCCGCCACCAGUGCGUCAUCCACCGACUACGAAGACCUGGUCAUGCGGAAGCUGCGCCAAGCUGAGGAACGCAGGCGACUCAUUGAGCAGAUGAUGAAGGACGAGGAGGGCGAAUGAAAUGAAAUUGUGUUGGGAUAAACAACUAAUUUACUAUAAUUAGGCUACUCUUAAUCUUUUAAUGAUUAACCAAAACACAAUUGAAAAACUAUCUGAUUUUAUGAUCAAUUUACUUCAAACAAGAGAAGAAAACCUAACUUAUUGUACUGCGAAUAAAUAAAAAAUAAAUAUUUUUAGGGAAAGCAGCUAAGGAAAAACACUUGAAAGUAAAAUAGAUUUAUUUUAAACCUU